CUAACUCGACGUGAAACCAAAAAGAAUCUGUUCUCCAAACUGUUUCUGUUACUGGACUGAGCAAGUGGUCGGGAAGACUCACUGUUGCUACAAACUUUACAUAAACAAAGCAUUUUUAAGAGCAGACAUGGCGCUCACCGACGCUGACGUACAGAAACAGAUCAAACACAUGAUGGCCUUCAUUGAACAAGAGGCCAAUGAAAAAGUCGAGGAGAUUGACGCUAAGGCGGAGGAAGAGUUCAACAUCGAGAAAGGUCGACUGGUGCAAACCCAGAGGGUGAAAAUAAUGGAGUACUAUGAGAAGAAGGAAAAGCAGAUUGAACAACAUAAGAAAAUUCAGAUGUCAAACCUGAUGAACCAAGCGAGGCUGAAGGUGCUGAAGGCCCGUGACGACAUGAUCAUGGAUUUGUUGAAUGAGGCCCGUCAAAGACUAGCACAGAUUGCCAAAGACCCUGCUAGCUACUCCACACUAUUAGAGGGCCUGGUACUUCAGGGAUUCUAUCAACUACUGGAACCUAAAGUCACCAUUCGCUGCAGACAACAGGAUGUAGAAAUGGUUCAGGCUGCAGUUAUGAAGAACAUCCCAAUCUACAGAGAGGCAGUGAAGAGGAACAUAGACGUCAGAAUCGACCAGGAACGUUUUCUUCCAUCAGAAAUCUGCGGAGGAGUAGAAGUGUAUAACGAUAAUGGGAAGAUCAAGGUUUCCAACACUUUGGAGAACAGGCUAGAACUUAUGGCACAUCAGAUGAUGCCUGAAAUCAGAGUGAACUUGUUUGGUGCCAACCCAAACCGCAAGUUCACAGAUUAACAGUGGAUUUGAAGGGAGCAGUGCGGACACAGAUGGAAUACUUAAGGUGACCACAGACUAUCAUCAUCAGUAGACAACAGUCUGUACAAUCACUUGCCUGUCAUUGGGGUCAAAGAAAAGCCUGAUUUACUUAAUGGCAUACUAUGGCUGUGUUUAUAUAUCUUUUUUAUUUUUGUAUUAAUGGACUGAGUGAUAACUCAACAUGCACACUUUUACUUAUGUUUAAGUGCCCUCCAUUUUACCUUUCCAUUGGUUGUCUGAUGGACUGCUUUAAAUUGCAGUGGCAUUGCCAAUAUGUAUUCCCUCAGUUGUUUUGGAUAAACUGUUAUGCUCUUUACUAACUGAUGAAACCAAAGAUACACAUUUUCGCUAUAAAUACUUAUUAAUGCUGGAUGAUAUGGCCAAAAAUGUUAUCAUGAUAAAGGUUUUUAAAUCAGUCAAUACUGAUAAUUAAACCUAACUUAUGUAAAACCCUAA